AAACACACUCACCCCGACUCAACCAACACAACACAUUCUUCUCCUUCUUCGCUCACUCACUGACAUUCUUCGUUAAUUUUCAACAAUCAUGGAUCCUGUGAGCGUGUGGGGGAACGCGCCUUUGGUGACGGUGGAUCCCGAGAUCCACGACCUGAUCGAAAAGGAGAAGCGUCGCCAGUGCCGCGGAAUUGAGCUGAUCGCAUCGGAGAAUUUCACCUCCUUCGCGGUGAUCGAGGCCCUGGGAAGCGCCCUCACCAACAAAUACUCAGAAGGCAUGCCGGGAAAUCGCUACUACGGCGGCAACGAGUUCAUUGACGAGAUCGAAAACCUGUGUCGCUCACGCGCCCUCACCGCCUUCCACCUCGAUGCCCAAUCGUGGGGGGUCAAUGUGCAGCCCUACUCGGGCUCCCCGGCCAACUUCGCCGCGUACACGGCGGUGCUGAACCCCCACGACCGCAUCAUGGGGCUGGAUCUGCCCUCUGGCGGUCACCUCACCCACGGGUACUACACCUCCGGCGGGAAGAAGAUCUCUGCCACCUCAAUAUACUUCGAGAGCCUCCCGUACAAGGUGAACUCCACCACGGGGUUCAUUGACUACGACCGAUUGGAGGAGAAGGCGCUGGACUUCAGGCCCAAGAUGAUAAUCUGCGGCGGAAGCGCCUACCCUCGCGACUGGGACUACAAACGCUUCCGGGCAAUCGCGGACAUGUGCGGCGCACUGCUCCUCUGCGACAUGGCGCACAUUAGUGGCCUUGUGGCCGCGCAGGAAGCGAACAACCCCUUCGAAUUUUGCGACAUUGUCACCACCACGACGCAUAAGAGCUUGCGCGGUCCCAGGGCGGGCAUGAUCUUCUACCGGAAGGGUCCGAAGCCGCCCAAGAAGGGGCAGCCAGAGAACGCCGUUUAUGAAUUUGAGGACAAAAUCAACUUCGCCGUUUUCCCUUCUCUCCAGGGUGGUCCUCACAACCACCAGAUUGGGGCCCUCGCCGUGGCACUGAAACAGGCCGCGACGCCUGGGUUCAAGGCCUACGCCAAGCAGGUGAAGGCCAACGCCGCUGCGCUCGGCAAGUUCUUGAUGGGGAAAGGGUACAGUCUCGUCACCGGUGGAACGGAGAACCAUCUUGUCUUGUGGGAUCUCAGACCUCUUGGAUUGACUGGGAACAAGGUGGAGAAACUUUGUGAUCUCUGCAACAUUACCGUCAAUAAGAAUGCUGUUUUUGGUGACAGCAGUGCGUUGGCCCCCGGGGGUGUACGAAUUGGUGCCCCUGCCAUGACUUCUAGGGGUUUGGUUGAAAAGGACUUUGAGCAGAUUGGUGAGUUCCUUCACCGUGCCGUGACUCUCACACUAGAUAUCCAGAAGGAAUAUGGCAAACUUCUAAAGGAGUUCAGCAAGGGCCUCGUCGACAACAAGGCUAUUGAAGAUCUCAAAUCUGAUGUUGAGAAGUUCUCUGCCGCGUAUGGCAUGCCCGGUUUCCUGGUAUCUGAAAUGAAGUACAAGAAUUAGAUUCAUUCAUACAACUUUCCACUGUCAUUCAAAGUCCAGCACAAAGUGCACAAGUAGAGAAAAUGGAAAUAAGUUUCAUUCGUUUUGGUAGUGAUGGGUUUAUAGAGAUGGUGUUUCAAUUGAGAAGUUUAAAGUAUCUUUGUUUUUUGUAUUCACGUUUAAUUUUUUAGCCUGAUUAAUAUCAUAUUUUUUCUCAUUAAAAAAAAUCCAAAUAAUACAUUUGCUGUCGUA